AUAUGUUUAUUUUAAAAUUGGAUAAAAGAUGACACGGACUUGACCUUGAAAAUUAAUUACCGAGAAGAAAAUGCUAAAAGUGCACGUAUAAACUGAAACAGGUUUGGUCAAAAAUACAAUGAACCUGUUUACACUGAAAGCCAUCGGGCAGCCGGUUAACUUUCGCUUUCGAUUUCGAUCUGAGCAUUUUGGGUUAAUCAGUCAGUUGAUCAUCAGCUUGCUGCCGAGAAUCUUGACUCUUGUUUCGCUGAACAAAGUUCUACCUACUUUUGAUAUUUUUGUGCAAUUUUCUUCUCAAUAGUCAAGAUCAUUUAAUUAACACUCGAAUUAAAUCUGCAAAAGAUACUAAAAACAAGCGAAAUAAUCAUAAUUUGGAUAUAUAAUUUGAUCGUCGCGAGUGAGUUUCAAACUUGUUUCCCUGAAUCUAUACCAUGAUUGUCACACCAAAGUGGCUCCAGCUCCAACUGGUUUUAUCCGUCUGGUACAUAAUACACCAGCUCAAACAGAUCGUCCUUCGGUUCUGGCCCUUUCUCGAGCGCCCAAUUGUGAAAGUGAGCCAGGGAAGUGUUCAGGGCGUAACGGCCAAACUGCCCGAUGGCGAGCGAUACCACUACUUCAAGAGCAUUCCUUACAGCAAACCCCCGGUCGGAGAGUUGAGAUUCCGGCCACCGGUUCCGUUGGAGCGAUUCGAGCGACCCAUCCUCAACUGCAGCUACGAAAGACCGGAUUUUAUUCACUAUCAAGCUCCGCUGGAAAAGUUUAUCUUUGGAACGGAGUCGUCCCUUCAUUUGAGCGUCUUCACACCAGGCUUGCCAUCGGAAGGUCCUUCCAGAUAUCCGGUUAUUGUGUUCCUCCCGAGUGGUGGUUUCCGAGCUUGUACCAACAGUACCUUUAUCUUCGAUCCGGAACCGAUAGUUCUGGAGGGAGUGGUCGUGGUCACAGUCGGUUAUCGUGUUGGUCCGUUGGGAUUCCUCUGUCUACCGGAUGCUGGUAUCAGCGGAAACGCUGGACUUAAAGAUCAACGGCUUGCGUUGAAGUGGGUGCAUGAGAAUAUUGGCCAGUUUGGGGGAGAUGAGAAGAACGUGACCUUGAUGGGCUUAAGUGCUGGCGCGUGGUCUGCUUAUCUACACUAUCUGGCUCCGAAUUCGAGAAAGUACUUCCAUAGAAUCAUUUGCCAAAGUGGGGACGCCUGUACGGAAUCGGUGUUUCAGCUCGACCCGGAAGAAAAGGCUAGAAAGUUGGCGAAGCUUCUGGGCUGUCAAGGAGGCACAGAUCGUGAAGUUCUAGAAACGCUCAUGAAGGCCCCAGCGAGACUGUUGACGAAGCUUCAAAUGAAGAUCUGUAGUCCCGGGGAGACCAGCUGCCCAAUGAGGUUCACCUUUCGACCGGUCAUCGAACGUGAACAAACCGCGGACAGCAUCAUUUGCCAACCGCCGGAGCAGAUUCUCAAAUCGUACGACACUCUGAAGAUGCCGAUCAUGUCCAACCUGUGCAGCGCCGAAGGAAUGCUGGGAAUUAUGAUGAGCCGGGAUCGACUGGACAAGUACAACCAGGAGGAAUGGCUGGUUCCGCAGUUUUUGGGCCACUCGGAAAAGAUGGAUCGUCAAAGUGUAGGAAAAGAGGUCAAGCAGUUCUACUUUGGUGACCGGAAGGUUGGCCAAAAUUGUCUCUCAGAAUUGUGUGACUUCAUGACGGAUUGUACCUUCGCCGUAACAUCCAACCUGAGCGCCGAAUGGAUCGCGCGAUAUCAACCGAAUGUAGAGCACUACCACAGCUUCUUCUCGUACAAUGGCCGUUUGAACUAUGCGAAAGCAGUUCUGAAUGUAGACGUUGAGGCAGCGAGUCACGGUGACGAUCUUUACUAUCUAUUCAGUGCCCCCUUCGUCAAAAAGUUACCGAAAGACAGCGACGAGUACAAAAUGCGUGAGAUUGUAGUGAAAGCCGUUACCAACUUUGCCAAGUGUGGCAAUCCUACGCCGGACGAGAGUCUGUUGGGAUUCCGGUGGAGGCCGGUGGCGCCAACGGCGCCAAACACGACCAAGUUCGAUUUGGAUUGCUUGGAGGUAAACUUACCGCCUCGAAUGAUCCGUAAUCCCAACCAGGAACGGAAGGAGUUUUGGCGGAAGAUGAUUCGGGAGAAUACCAAUCUACUCACAAACCCGACGUUCCGACGCAAUGGGUCCCACAGUGGAGGCUUGUUGCUCCGUGAUUCACCUGCUCAAGAGUUCCUGGAUCCGCGCACCGAGGCGUCGUGCUGUAGAGUUCAACCUAGUACCAUGACUCUCAAGUGGGCUAAGCUACAGCUGGUCGUAAUUCUGUGGUACGCCUGGCAUCAGCUUAAGCAGAUCCUGCUCCGAUUUUGGCCCUUUCUCGAGCGUCCCAUAGUGGAAGUACGCCAGGGUGGAGUUCAGGGCGUAACGUCCAAACUGCCCAAUGGCGAGCGUUAUCACUACUUCAAGUGCAUUCCGUACUGCAAAGCUCCGGUCGGGGAGUUGAGAUUUCGGCCACCGGUUCCGUUGGAGAAGUUUGAGCAACCCGUCUUGGACUGUAGUUACGAACGAGAUGAUUUUGUUCAGGUGCAGGGACCUCACGACCUGCGCGUGAUUGGGGUUGAGUCGUCACUUCAUCUGAGCGUCUUCACGCCGGGAUUGCCACCGGAAGGUGCCUCCAAGUAUCCCGUGAUUGUGUACAUCCCUGGUGGAGGACUACGAGCGUGUACCAACAGUACUUUCAUCUACGAUCCGGUUCACAUCGUCCAGCAGGGAGUGGUCGUGGUCACUGUGGCGUACCGCGUUGGACCGUUGGGAUUCCUCUGUCUACCGGGUGCUGGUAUUAGUGGGAACGCUGGACUCAAAGAUCAACGGCUUGCACUGAAGUGGGUUCAUGAGAACAUCUCCAAGUUCAGGGGGGAUAUCGAGAACGUAACUUUGAUGGGUCAAAGUGCCGGCGCGUGGUCAGCUUAUCUGCACUACCUUUCUCCGAAUUCCAGAAAGUACUUCCACCGGGCGAUUUUCCAAAGUGGGGACGCCUGUACGGAAUCGGUGUUUCAGCUCGACCCGGAAGAAAAGGCUAGAAAGUUGGCGAAGCUUCUGGGCUGCCGAGGCAGCUCGGAUCGCGAGGUUCUGAACACCCUCAUGAAAGCGCCUGCCGCGGCGCUAACUCAAGCUCAACUCAAGAUCUGCAGCCCCGGUGAGGAGUCCUGCCCGAUGAGGUACGCCUUCCGGCCGGUCAUCGAGCGCGAACUCACCGCGGACAGCAUCAUUUGCCAACCGCCGGAGCAGAUUCUUAAAUCGUACGACACACUCCGAAUGCCAAUCAUGUCCAGCUUGUGCAGCGCCGAAGGUUUGCUUGGAGUUAAGCUGAGCCGGAAUCGACUCCACAAGUACAACCAGGAAGAAUUGCUGGUGCCGCAGUUUUUGGGCUGCUCGGAAAAGUUGGAUCGUCAGGGAGUGGGGAAAAAGGUUCGGCAGUUCUACUUUGGUGAUCGGAAAGUUGGCCAGAACACGCUAAACGCGUUUUGUGACUACGCUUCAGACUACACCUUUGUCGUAACGUCCCAGCUGAGCGCCGAAUGGAUCGCUCGAUAUCAACCGAAUGUAGAGCACUUCCACAGCUACUUUUCGUACGACGGUCGUAUGAACUAUGUGAAAGCCAUUAUGGGGGUGGACAUCCCGGGAGCGAGUCACAGUGAUGAUCUUUACUAUCUUUUUAGUGCUCCUUUCGUUAAACCGUUGCCAGAAGACUGUAACGAGUACAAAAUACGUGAGAUUGAAUUGAAAACCGUAACUAAUUUUGCCAAAUACGGGAAUCCAACGCCAGACGAGAGUCUGUUAGGAUUCCGGUGGACACCGGUUUCGACGGUGCCAAGUGAUGCCACAGAACCGUUUGAUUUGGACUGUUUGGAGGUGAAUUGGCCGCCGCGGAUGAUCCGGAAUCCAAAUCCGGACCGAAUGGAGUUUUGGAGGAAAAUUAUUUUAGAGAAUACAAAUUUGCUAUAAAUUUGUUAAAAUUAAGGGGAAAUUAAAACAGA